CCAGGCACAGGAAGAGAGUGCCUGGAAGCUGGUUGUCACGGCAACAUGAGGGCUGAUUUGUACGAGAAAGGCGGGCCUUUAGUCACGUGAUCAGGUCAGUGGUCGAGGCCAGAGGAGAGCUAGGCGGGAGGCUGUUGCCCGGCAACGCCUGGGCGCGGAGUCCCCACAGUAUAGCCCCUCCCCCCGAGGAGGUGGGCUCGGAGUCGCGUGACUCAGACCCUACGGGAGGGGGCGCGGUCGGAGACUGGCGGACGCAGUGGUGAAGUGAGGGAAGCGGGGCGCACGCGUGACUCCCAGGCCCGGACCCCAGCCCCGCUGGACAGCGGGAGAAACUGAGCCCUGAGUGGGUGAGUUCGCGAUUGGGAGAGUGCAGUGAGUCGCACGCCCCCUUUGUCCAGAGGGGAAACUGAGGCCCGGCGAGGUCAGGGGGCCGGUGGGUUCUGCGAGGAUCGGGUUUCCUCCUUUCCUCCCCCUUCAGAGCCUGGCUGUUUCAUCCAUCCAUUCAUCUCUCCGCCCACUCACCCACCCAGCCUGCCAGCCAACCCCUGCGAGGGAACUAUGGUCAGGGCCAGUUUGAGGAGAAUGUUGAGCUGUGGGGCUUCAGGGCUUUCCCUGGAAGUGGGGAGAGGUGGGAGAGUGUUCCCUGCUGAGGGGACGCUGGCGUGACUGGGUUAGGGCGAGGAGUUCACUUUUCUGAGAACUGAUAGAUUCAUGGAUAGGAAGUGGGGAAGAUGAGGAUGGACAGAGAGCCGAGGCCAGACCUGCUGGGUCUCGUGGGCUGAGGUGAGGAGGGUGUGGUCUCCAUCUGGGGCAGUGGUGAGCCCUGGGAGGGUUUGGAACAGGAAGGGACAUCUCAGAUGUUUUUGGACAAAGAUCCCUAUGGCCUUUCCUCUUUGCCCCAUGCAGUUCAGAGGAUAGAAACCCUAAGAUGUAAUGGGCUUGUGCCCUUUUCAGGGGAGAUCCUUGACCCCCUUAACUUUAAUCACCUGGCCUGUUUUUAUCUUUCACCUUCUCCCUGGAACAAGUAAAUCGGCUUCCCCAGCUGAAGUCACAUCUUAACCCUGAUGACACGGGCACCUCCAUCUCCAAGCCAGUCCUGAGUGUCCGAUUCCUUCUGGGUGUCUCCAGACAGAGUUAUCUUUCUGGGCUCCCCCACCUCUCACCUCCCACAUUCCUCAUAUCACUCUGGGUCAGUCUAUCUGUUGAGUACCUACUGCAUGUCUGGCAGUUCAGGGCACGGAAGAUCCAAAAGGGAGCAAAACAGAAGCAGGUUUCCAUUUCCUUUCUGCCCUCAUGGAGCUGAGUCUAAGGGGAGAGAGGGAUCCUGAACAGGUAACAAAUCAUCAAGAUGAUUUCAGGGGAUGACAAGUGCUGAGAAGGAGAAAAAUUCUACAGGCCUGUGCCGGCCCCCCCCCUCUCCCGCUGCAGACUCAGGGAGGGCCAUGAAGGUGCUGCUGCUCGUGGGGCUGGGAGCCCUGUUCUUUGCCUAUUAUUGGGAUGACAACUUUGACCCAGCCAGCCUCCAGGGAGCCCGUGUGCUGCUGACUGGAGCCAGCGUGGGCAUCGGGGAGGAGCUGGCAUAUCACUACGCGCGCCUGGGCUCCCACCUGGUGCUCACUGCCCACACCGAGGCUCUCCUGCAGAAGGUGGUAGGGAACUGCCGGAAGCUGGGCGCUCCCAAGGUCUUCUACAUCGCUGCGGACAUGGCCUCCCCUGAGGUGCCCGAGCGCGUGGUGCAGUUUACGCUGGACAAGCUGGGAGGGCUGGACUACCUGGUGAUGAACCACCUCGGCGCCGCCCCAGCAGGCACGCGGGGCCGCAGCGCCCAGGCGACACGAUGGCUUAUGCAGGUGAAUUUCCUGAGUUACGUGCAACUGACUUCGUUGGCGCUGCCGAGUCUGACUGACAGCAAGGGCUCCCUGGUGGUGGUGUCCUCGUUGCUAGGCCGCGUGGCCACGUCCUUCUCCAGCCCCUACUCGGCGGCCAAGUUCGCGCUGGAUAGCUUCUUUGGCUCUCUCCGGCGGGAGCUGGAUGUGCAGGACGUGAACGUCGCCAUCACCAUGUGCGUCCUGGGCCUCCAGGAUCGCGCCUCGGCCGCCGAGGGAGUCAGGGGCGUCACAAGGGCCAAGGCGGCCCCAGGGCCCAAGGCAGCCCUGGCUGUGAUUCGUGGCAGCGCCACGCGUGCCUCCGGCGUCUUCUACCCGUGGCGCUUCCAUCUGCUCUGCCUGCUUCGCGGCUGGAUGCCACAGCCAAGGGCCUGGUUCAUCCGCCAGGAGCUCAACAUCACGACCCCCGCUGCUGCCUGAGCCCCUGGGCUUAAUGCCCCUUCGUCUUCCCAGAAGAAGACCCUCCAGCCAAUCGUCCUGGAGCCCGGACAGACACCUCUGAGCAGGUGGCCAAGGGCCAAAAGAAAGUCAUCAAGACAGAAAAGUAAACCUGAGAAAAACUACCAGCACCUGAAAGCAGUCAGAACUCGGGGCGUGCCCGGCAUCUUGUCAGGGACUUGGAAGGCAAUUAAUUACCUCAGUCUUCUCAGCUGUCAUUGAUGAUAUGAUUGCUGCUUCCAUUUUGCAGAUGAGCAAACUGAGGCUCAGAGAGGCUAUGUGACUUGCCUCAGGGCCCUGGCCACAUCCAGCAGGUCACAACACUACUGAGCCACCCUUGGAACCCUCUCUAUUUGCGACCUGAAACCACUGCGUCCCUGAUUUGUUCUUUCCACUCUCAGCCUGGGAGCAUCCCCCAACCAUUUUCCCGAGCAGGGGAGCCCUCGAAGCUGUCGAGUUGAUGGUGGGGUCUGAGGAGGGGGAAGAGGAAAAGAAUGUGUUCUGGGCUGGAUCCAGCCUCCCAUUUGAUAAUAAAAAGCUUUCUUCCCUUCCA